GAGGCGUGAAGGGAAAGGCGCCGUGAGGGGACCGCGCCGUGAGGGGACAGCGCCGUGAGGGGACGGUGCCGGUGCCGUGAGGGAACAGCACCCUGAGGGAGAUGGCGGGAAUGGCGCUUCCAAGGAUUCCCUGGAAUUUUCCCGCUCUCUGCUGGCUCCUGACCGUGCCUAUCUCCGGCUCCCUGGGCUUGGAAUGUCAGGAGCACCAAUACAGCUUCCAUGACAAAUGCUGCAGCGACUGCGCCCCAGGAGAGAGGAUGCGGAGCCGCUGCACGGCCUCGGCCGACACCGUGUGCUCGCCGUGCCAGGAUGGAUAUUUCAGCUCCCAGCACCACCACGGCUUCUGCAAAAGCUGCACCAUCUGCAACGCCCGGAAGGGCAGCGUGGAGGUGAAGCCGUGCGAGAAAACCUCGGACAGGGUCUGUGCGUGCCAGGCAGGAUUCCAGCCUGCCGGGGGCGUUCCUGUGGGAAGGGAGUGCUCCCGAUGUCCUGAAGGGACUUUCUCCAGAGGAGGGAACGAGAACUGCCGGCCUUGGACCAACUGCAGCAGCUUUGGGAAGAGCACGCUCCGGGCUGGCACGGGCACGGAGGAUGCCCAGUGCAGCAGCAGCAGCCCUGGCAGUGCCAGCAGCCCCGGCCCACAGCCCUCUCCCACGGCAUUCCCGGAGCACAGGGACCCCUUGCCCACGGAAUUCCCGGAAAAUGGGGACCCCUUUCCCACGGAACGCCCCGAGAACAGCUCCAGGACAUCCAGCCCCAGGGACAUCCCCGCCGUUUGCCGGGAUCCCGGCGCUGCCUCGGAGCCCGGAUGGGGCUCUUUAUCCCUGCUGCUGCUGUGCCUGCUCCUGCUGAUGGUGAGUGGAAUUUCCAUCCUGCUCCUGAUCAUCCAGGCAGCCCAGAGAAAAGCCAGGAAUGGGCCUGGGAGGAGCACCCAGCACAAGGAGGGGAGCUGCAGGAUUCCCAUCCAGGAGGAGCAGAUUGAUUCCAACUCCAGCCUCAUCAAAAACUGACGCUGAAAUUCCCGCCCUGGGCUGUUCCUGCUUUUCUGAGCCCCUGGAGCUGAAGGAGCCCUGGCACUAAUUGGGGUUUGCUUAGUUUGGAGCUCCCUUGAGGCUGGUUUAGCUCUUUGGUUCACUCAAGAUCUCCCUUUGGAACUUGGGAGAAUUCCUGAGGGAAUUUUGUGUGGAUAUUUUUUCUUUUGGGCAAAUCCUUGAGCUCUGAAAUCAGGAUGGAGUCACACUCAAUCCGCACUUCAUGAAAUGAAUUUUCCCUCUCUAAUUGCUUCUCCACAAAUUUCAAAAGGAAAUUUUUUGGGAGAAAAUCCCAAACUCUGGAAUGUCUGGGAGGAGCCCAAAGUGUCCUUUUGCUGAAUGUGAAAUGUUUCUGUUGAAAUUCCAGAAAAAUGGAAUUUUUUAUCAUUCAGGAGUGAUUUUCCCUCCAACUAUCAGCAGAAAAAAAAAAAAAAGACAAAUAGUCUCAUUCCUGAGGGGAAAAAAACUCCUCAAAAAUGUGAAUUUUAAACCUAUAUCCCAAAGUAUCCCAAAACAUCCAGCAGGGAAUGGAUGCAGGGAUCCCAGAGGUGUUUAAAUCCAUGGAUUUGGAAGAUUUGGGAUAUUUUAUAUGUUAUACAUAUCCAAAGGGGUUUAUACCAUGUAUAGGAAGGUUUGUAUCGUGUACAAAGGGGCAUUUUGGGGAAUAAAACUCUGGAAAAACAAA